AUGUACAGCCCCCUAACCGGUGUCACCCCACGGGAAAAACAAGAGACACCGAAAAAUACAACGGACGCGGAGGCCGAUGAACCCAGGAGGAACGACGCUCUGCGUUGUCGCGAAUUUCACGGGAAGACUACGAGCGAUGCUACGCGGACCGCCGCUUCGAGAGGAACGCGCGCGCUAGGAGGCGGGAAUGCGACCAACAGCGAAGUUGGGACCGGGAAGACAGCGCUACAAACACUCCUAGAGGUGCUCAAUGCACAGCGAAACGAGAUGCUCGAUACAAUCAUUGAACUACGCGACGUGGUCAGCAAGCAGCAGAACACGAUUCAAGAGUUACACCAUCAGCUCCAGGAAUACCAACGUCAAAUGGAAUGCGCCCUAGCGAACACAAAGGCACAGCUAUCAGAGGAGCUGAGGCAAGCUCGAGACCAGAUCGACGUCCUUAUACGCAACCCGGUAUUCACGGCCUCGUCCCAGCCAAGCGCAAGAGCAUCGUACGCCGAAGUUGCUCGCACCCCACCAUCAAGCCAACCAAGCGGGGUGCGCACCCUCUCCUCGUCGAACACGACACCCUCAUCCUUUACCGACACGCUGUUCUGCACCAUCGACACAUCCAGAGUGGAGGAAAACGAAAAGAACAAAGUCCAGGUGGCGGAUGUCAGAAAAGCAAUCGAGGCGGAGGUCCGGACACUGGAGAACAUGGGAGAUUGGCGCUGCGCUGCGGUUGUAAAGGAGGCCCGGAACCCGGAUCGGGUCAAGGUGGUUUGUAGAGACGAAAACGAGACCAGGAUUGUCAAGGAUGCAGCACAAAAGAUCACUGUCCCGGGCGUACGGGUGCUGAGGGAUCAGCUCUACCCAGUGAGGAUCGACAAUGCCAACCGCACAGCGGUCCUCGACGCCGAGGGGAACGUUUUACCAGGGGCGAUGGAAGCCCUUGGUACAGAGAACGACGUCAACAUUGCCAAGAUCGCCUGGCUCAGCAGGAAGGAUACAGGCAAGGCCUACGGCUCUAUGGUCGUCUACGUGACGAAGGGCAGCGAAGCGAGGCGACUUCUAGACGGGCGUUACUUCCAUCUGGCCGGAGAAUCCGCUUACACGACCGUGUUCGCGCCCCGGGAAGGCCCAACCCAGUGCUACAGAUGCCAGGAAAUCGGCCAUAAGGCCUUCGCCUGCAAAAAGCCGCAAAGAUGCGGAAGGUGUGCGGAACAGGGUCACCACCACAAGACGUGUCAGUCCGUGGUCCUGAAGUGCGUGCUAUGCAGAGGACCACACGAGUCAUUUAGCAAGAACUGUCGGCAGAGUCUGCUAAGCGACGAGGGACUCAAGGACUUCGCAGUGCUGGCCAUCUCCGAACCAUAUGCCAGGCUGAUCGAAGGCUCGGUGACGACGGUCCCAAUGAGUCAUCACAACUGGACGAAGCUGAUACCAACGACAAGACGAGAAGCCACGUGGCCAAUUCGGAGCAUGCUAUGGGUACGAAGCGAUAUAGAGGUCGAGCAGAUUCCAGUGCCGUCGGCAGACCUCACCGCAGCACGCAUCCGGCUCCCAGACCGGGCAGUGCUGUUGGUGUCAGUGUAUGUGGAGGGUGGUAGUGACGAAGCACUGGAAGAUGCAAUGAGGGAAAUUGACCGACUGAUUAGGAGGUUUCGAAACGGAACAGGGACGAGAACGGAUAUCAUCCUGGCGGGCGAUUUCAACCGCCACGACCAGCUUUGGGGAGGGGACGAUGUCUCACCACGGAGACAAGGCGAGGGAGACCGCAUCAUCAACCUCAUGGACGAACACUCCCUCUGCAGCCUCCUCCCAAGAGGCACGAAGACGUGGCAGUCAGGCGACAUUGAGAGCACAAUCGACCUGGUACUGGCCUCUGCAGAACUAGCAGACCAACUACUCAGAUGCACGAUUCACCCCUGCGACCAUGGCUCAGACCACAGAGCAAUCGAGACAGAUUUUGACACCACGGUGGAGGACCGUCCCACAAACCUCGAACGCAUCCCCUGGGACGGCAAUGUCCAGCAGCAGACGGACAGGCUCAUGGCAGCGGUAACCGAGGCGGUCUACGGCCUGACACCUAAAGCCAAGCCCUCACCAUACGCCAAGCGGUGGCGAGAUCUCGACGUAGGAUGGGGCAAGCAGAACCAGAGCUCGAACAACGAGCCAGGAUGGCAGCCAAAGAGUACCAUGACGCCAUCCCGCAGACAGAAGAGUUCGCAUUGGCACGACUUCCUGGCCGAUGACGCUAACAUCUGGCAAGCAACGAAGUACCUGCAAACCGGCAGCGGCACGAUGGGCGAUAAGAUACCCCCGCUCGUCCGACCCGAUGGCUCCAUCACGGAGGGUAAAGCAGAACAAGCGCAGGAGUUACUCACCGCCUUCUUCCCACCUUUGCCAGCGAGAAUCGAAGACGAGGGCCAACGACCUCAACGGGCGCCGGUACACAUGCCAGACCUAACAAUGGAGGAGAUCAGAACAAAAGCCAGGAAGAGACGCUCGACCGAACAGGCUCUCCUUCUGCUUCAGGAACACAUCUACAAAGCAUGGAGAGCUAGGAAGGUGCUCAGUUUGAUCAGCUUCGAUGUCAAGGGCGCAUACAAUGGGGUCUUCAAAGACAGGCUUCUCCAGAGGCUCAAGGCAAGAGGGAUACCUGAACCCCUGGUCAAGUGGAUCGACGCCUUCUGCUCCAAGCGCACAGCGACCAUUGCCGUAAACGGGUUCACAUCUGGACGGCAAGAGCUGCCCCAAGCGGGUCUUCCGCAAGGAUCGCCGCUGUCUCCAGUGUUGUUCCUCUUCUUCAACGCCGACCUAGUGCAGCACAAGAUCGACGCGAACGGAGGCGCAAUUGCCCUUCGUGGACGACUACACUGCCUGGGGAACAUGGAGCGAUUUUCAGAACAACCGUUCUCGGUCAAAGGCGAAGUGGUCAAACCGAAGGAAAGUGCGAAAAUCCUAGGUGUCGUGAUGGAUCGCGAAGUCCGCUACAAGCAGCACAUUGCUAGGACGGCAGCUAAGGGCCUCGCAGCCGCUCUGGCCCUGAAGAGGCUGAAGAUGCUUUCCCCGCGGACAGCGAGGCAGCUAUUUGUUGCGACAGUAGCCCCGGUCAUGGACUACGCUGCCAAUGUCUGGAUGCAUGCGUGCGGGGAAAAGGCACUGAGCUGGCUGAACAGGGCGCAGAAGAUCGGGGCCCUGGCCAUCACGGGAGCCUUUCGAACCGCGGCAACAGCCGUGGUGGAAGCUGAAGCGAGCAUCUACCCCGUACGAGAACGACACGCCCAGGCAGCAGCCAGUCUGUGGAUCAACAUCCACACGCUGCCCGGAACGCAUCCCCUUGCGAUGAAGAAAGUCCGGACCACCGUACGAUUCGUAUCUCCGCUGCAGAAAAUUGCCCGCGUGGCCGAAGGAGUACGAGUUGACCGGAUGGAGACAAUCCAGGAAUACGCCGUCCCGCCCUGGGUACCUCGCCUACGACCGACGCUCGAAGCCGAUCGAGGGAAGGCGGCCGAGAUGGUCAACAAAAUUUCGGGAAUCGUGGCCGCAACCAGCUCAUCCGUAAAGAAGGGACUUGGCCAGGCUGCACCGACAAAGAGGGAACUCGGUCAACUUUCUGUGGAUACCAGCGGAGAUUGA